GGCGACACCCCACUCGACCUACUUCCCCAGGACCCUCGUCCCUCAGGGUCCCACCCCAUCAUCGAGUUCACUUCCCCUCAUCAGUUUGCUCACUUCAUAUGACAGGAGGACGUCACGUUCUACUCAGUGAACGUUAUGGAUCUUCUUCGCUACGAUCCACUCUGUCCCGAGGUUGAGCUCAUCUCUGUGGAGCCCGAUCCCCCUGACCCUCCUUCCAUCUUCGCGGCUCCCAUCUCUACAUCCACUCGUCAGCCUGCCGAUACCCCCUCCACGUCUCAGGCCCCUGCGCCGUCGACUGUCGAGUCCACACAUACGUCUCGUGCUGACGCAGACGCCGAGGAACUCACACGGUUCACGACAGACUUAGAGCUGGCCGUUCGCGACCUGAUUCGAGAGUACCGCGACGUCUUUCCCCCGUAUUUCUCAUACAGCGGGAUUCCCCCGAUGCGCGGUGUUGAGCAUUCUAUCCAGCUCGUGCCUGACUAUCGUGUUCACCAUCAGGCACCGUACCGACUCUCAAUCCCAGAGGCGACGGAACUCAAGCGUCAGCUUGAGGAGCUCCUUCGACUGGGUUUCAUUAAACCCAGUAACUCCCCCUGGGGUGCACCUGUCCUCUUUGCUCGCAAAGCGGACAGAACUCUCCGCCUCUGCAUCGACUAUCGCGGCCUUAACCGUUACACGGUUAAGAACAGUUAUCCCAUGCCCCGCGCGGAUGAGCUGUUUGACCGUCUGGCAGGCAACCGCUUCUUCACGAAGAUCGAUCUUCGUAGCGGUUACCACCAGAUCCGCGUUGCCAUAGAGGAUCAUCCGAAAACCGCCUUCCAAUCGCGCUUCGGCCACGACGAGUUCACGGUGAUGCCAUUCGGCCUCACCAAUGCACCAGCCACCUUCCAGACGGCGAUGAACGACAUUUUCAGGGACAUCCUUGAAGAAUACGUUCUCAUAUACCUGGACGACAUCCUGGUCUACAGUCGUACCUUAGAAGACCAUCUCAGACACCUUCGUGAUGUCCUACAGCGCUUACGCAAGCAUGGCUUCUAUGCCAAGCUCAGUAAGUGCCGCUUUGCUGAGCGCAAAGUGGACUUCACGUGGGACUUACACUUAGCCCACGCGGAGAUUGCGUACAACCACGCUGUUUCGCCAGCCACGGGGAUGUCGCCAUUCUAUUGCGACCACGGCUACCACCCUCGCGCACCCGCGGAUUUCUUACGACCAUCGCGGUUGCGCCCAGACACUCGUUGCCCUGCGCUUGACGACUGGAUCGUCCACAUGGCGGUGAUUAUGAAGCGCGCACACGAGAGUUUAGCCGACUCCCAGACUCUCAUGGCCGCACGAGCGAACCGAUCACGAAUGGAUCAUCCAUUCAAAGUCGGUGACGAUGUGCUCGUCGACGCACGCCACUUACAGCUCGAAGCAGAUAUGCUUCGCAAGUUCAGGCGUCAUUUUUUCGGUCCAUGCCGCAUCCUUCAGGCCGUCAGUUCUCAUACUGCCGCUAGUCCGGUCAGCUUCCGUGUGAAGCUAUCUAAUUACCUUCGACAGGCUCGCGUACACGAUGUUUACCAUGUCUCCUUGUUACGUCCUUACCGCAGACCAUCCGAGCGCUUCGCCAGACGCCCUUAUGAGCGCCCUACACCUAUCAUGGUAGACGGUCACGAGGAGUUCGCUGUUUCCGACAUCGUAUCACGCCGAGUUACCGACGAUACCCCUCCACGCAUCGAGUACCUUGUGCGUUGGAAGGGCUACCCUGAUGAGGAGGCUACUUGGGAGGCCCUUGAGCACUUGCAGCACGCCAGGAUGUUGGUGCGUGCAUACGAUCGUGCUCGUCGUGUUAAGAUGUCUGCCCCUGCUCAGCCGACCGACCCUCUUCCUCCUCCUCCGGCUGAGGAGAUUGCUGAGGACGAGCCCGUUCCCUCUGAGGCCGUUCCUCAGCCGCAGACGGUCGCCUCCGAGCGUUCACAGCGCACUCAUCGUCGCCCUUCGCGUUACGAUGACUGACACUCUUAUCCUCUAUCUUUCCCCUAUUGACUCACACCAUCAGGUACUCCAUCAUCAGCUUCUUCAGGAUGUCAGUGUUUUGCGGCU